UAAAAAUACAAUUUAAUUCUCUACUGUAUGUAGCUCUUAAUGUUUGUAGACAGUGAUUCAGUAAAACACAAUUUGAAUAUUUAAAAAAGUGAAUUAAAAUUGGUUUCGGGGAUUUUUUAAAUAUUAAGAUGCGUAUCCUGUGCUUGUGUGUAGCGUUGUGCAGCGUUUUUUCUCAAAAUGUCGCUUCUAUCGAUGCAGACCUAGCCGUCGAUUACUUCUUGAAAAAACAUGUGCCUUUUGUUUGCUAUUUGACAUGUGGAUUACCAAGAAUAUCCUUUGAUUUAGCGCAACACAACAAGUUGGUAAAAGCUUUUCUUCGUAGCAAUAUAAGAAUCUCAUUAAUGCGUGUCGAGAAACACGCAUUGGAUUUAAAUAAGAAUUUACAUCAAUGGACGUUUCCAAUCGGAGUACUGAUGGAUGGUUCCUGUAACGGCAUUUCGAAUGUUCUGGAACAGGCUUCAAGAUCGGCAUUGUUUGAUGACGGGCACAUGUGGCUAAUAUUUAAGAACAUGAACGAGAAACGUAGAGGCGAUGUCCGAAUUGAAAACCUAUUACAAAAUUUAAAUUUAAGUAUCAAUACAGAUAUAGUGGUGGCUCUGAAUACAGACACAGAUAUCCAACUAAUGGAUGUAUUUAACUUCGGAAAGAUCCAAGGUAACAAUUUAGAGAAGAAAUUCAUAGGAACAUGGAGUCCGGGAAGAGGUUUGAACAUUUCGUUGAGCAGAUUCAAAUAUUAUGAUCGUUGGGAUUUGCACAAUUUGACGCUGAGAGCCAUAACCGUGGUUCUAGGAGCACCUCAGGGCUAUGAUCCCGAAAUGAUUUUACAACCUGGAUAUGAUUGGCGAGUAGCUUUAAUAACAAAAUCCGCGGCCCAGUUGCUUGCUAUUAUCAGGGAAAAUCAUAAUUUCAGAUUCAAUUACACCAUAGCUGAUCUCUGGGUUGGAUCUCCAUUGAAGAACAGUACUUUGGGUGUGACCAAUUCAAUAUACUGGGGAGAGCAGGAUAUUUCUUUUACAAGCUUGCGAAUGUUCUCACCAUGGAUGGAAUGGGUUGAUCCAUUUUUUCCACCAACAACUAAAUUAGAAACGAAAUUCUUCUACCUCAUUUUAGACAAGGGUGUAGGUAACUAUGAGAAUCGUUUUCUUACUCCGCUGUCAUCUGGAGUGUGGUGGUGCACAGCGGUGGCGAGUGUCGUCUGCGUUUCAGUGCUGGCCGUUACGGCUGUCUUAGAAGAAAGAGACGAACCGGGACUAUACGCGUUAUUCAGCGUCUUUGCUGUUAUUUGUCAACAAGCUUACGAAGAUGGUGUACAACUAUUUGAUGAAUUUUCAUCUAGCCAAGGUCGUCGUCUUAUUCUUCUUGUAGUGGGGUUAAUGAGCAUGUUGCUAUAUAACUACUAUACUAGUAGCGUUGUCUCGUGGCUACUGAACGCCGCUGCACCCACCAUGUCAAACAUAGACGAGCUGAUUGACAGCGACUUUGAGCUUGUCUUCGAGGAUACUUCAUAUACCAGGGGCUGGCUAAAUAAUCCUGGAUUUUUCUACUAUAGCGGUUUGAAAAAUCCGAAAGAAGAUAUACUAAGAAAUAGAGCGACAGUCACAAAGCGCACUACGAAACUGUUGCAGACCGCCGCUGAGGGGAUGGAGCUCAUUCGUUCAGGCGACUACGCCUUCCACACGGAACCUUACACAGCGUAUCAGGCUAUAUCCAGAAGCUUCAAAGAAAAGGAUAUUUGUACCCUUGGGUCUUUACAAAUUAUGAUUCCGGCAAACACUUACAUUGUGGGACAGAAACGAAGUCCGUAUAAGAAAUUCUUCGUUUGGAGUCUAAUGCGGCUCCUGGAACGUGGCCAUACCUCCGCCGUGCGAGCGCGAGCCAGUGGCGUCACACCAAUCUGUUCCGGAACUGUUCCAAGAGCACUUGCUCUCGGACAAGCGGCACCAGCUUUUGCAAUCCUAGCUCAAACUGCUGUUGUGUCCUUCAUUAUUCUUUUAUUCGAGAUAUAUUGGCACAGACGAAGGAGUCACGACAAAAAACAAGUGAGAGUACUUAAUAAUCGCGCACAUAACGCGCAAGAGGUAGGGAAGAAUGAUUCCCUGAGAGUAUAAAAAACAAUAAAGGGAAGAAAUUUGACGGCCCCCGUGAGCGAGUGGCCAGUUAAAGGUCUUACAAACAUAACUAUUAAGACGUCAUUUUUUUUUCAUUACGCAUUCGCCUGGUAUGGUUAAUAUGAUACACAAGAUCUUUUUAAUCUAUUAAUAUUCACGAUAGCUUUACGAGUUUAAAAAUAAAAUAUAAACAUUGCAAGAAUUUGAGUUUCAAAUAUUUGAUAUCAUUUUAAUAAGUAAUUAAUAAUGUAUAGAACGAAUUUAAAAAGUAAGUUCUAUUGUAUGAAUUAGACGUUUAUAAUAUUGUAGAAGCUUAUAACACUCGGUGAAUGUGAAGCAUCUCUAAAGCGUUUGAGACACGGGCCGUUGUGAGUAAUGGCGGCGCGUCGGCGAGCUAUCUAAAUCGCGAGUUAUAAACGACGCUAUCAAUUCUUGUUUACUCCCGAGGGGCGAGCGCCUUCAUUGAAUACCGAAUUCACUUAGUCUAGUUACAUUCAAGCGCUUGUUUUUUUUGAGCUGUUUGAAGUUGUUUCCAAUAUGCUUCGGAUCGUUUCAGUCGUUUAGUUUUCUUAUUUAUAAAAACGAUUACGUUUUUGUACUAAAAAGUAUAAGUACUUUCUAUGACAGAUUUGUGUAAGCAAUAUAAAAUCCUAUUCAUUCGUUUCGAAAGAAAAUUAAAUGUAAUUUUAUUGCACCACAAAUCUAGCCUGUGACAGUAGACAAUGAUGUAAACACUAUAUACGUAAAUGUAUUUAAGAAAAAUAAUAUGUAGUCAUAUUCUUAUUACAUUUAUUAAAUAAAUAAAUUGAUCUUGUAUUUUAAUAUUUAAUGAUAACAUAGUUAUCGACUAAAAGCUUUGUAAUAGUUUUAUGGCGAAACUUUUAUUUGUUUUGAUGAACACAUAAUGUAUGAGGACAACAUACUAAACCACUAGUCUGUACUAAAGGGUUGAGUGGGACUUUAAAAUACAUAAUUUAUUUAAACCGGUACAUAAAUAAGUAGCAAUAUCACUCCGGGGAGCUGGCGACCAUUUGUGAUGAUGUAACUUUUGCACUCACUGUGAUAGUUCACAUUGUAGAUGCUAUAUAAUAAGAUAUGCAUUAUGACAAGCAGUUCUUUAAAAUAAUCUGUGGAUUUUGUUAUCACAUAAAAGACGACUAACUAAACUAAGUUACUAAUUCUAAUAUAAUCUCUUGGAACCCAUCCUCUGGUUGUAUAAUAGUCAGAAAGCAUUUACUGUUGAAGCUCUAGGACAGUUAAGUGUCUUCAAAAAUUAAACGUCUGCCGUAUUAAUAACGUUCUCACGUAGUGGAAUUGCAUUUGCAUGUAAAUGGGAGUGUCGCCUGUUAUUUUAUAUUAGUAAGCUACAAGGAAGUUUGUCUUUGACGAUGAAUCUGUAUUUUUCAUUUCCAGCUUUAUGGAAAAGGAUCCUUCUCAAUAUCUGUUGCUAAAUAUAAUAUUAACUACACAAAAGGUCCUAACGAUAGGAUGUGAUAGUAAGAAAGUUCAUUUUGACAACGUUUUCAACCAUUUAGUUAUAUUUAGCAUUCAGUUAUAUGUGUGAUUUAAUUUUUUUACUUGAAUUAUAUAAUAUAUGUAUGAAGGCAUGUAUGUUUUUUGAACGAGUCCCUAGCAUGUCUUUAUUAUAACAGAUUUUGUCUGAUAACGCUAAGUAAAUGGCAAGGGUAUUGAUAACAUCCGACCGGGUUAGAGGCAGUGAUGCGUGGGAAUGGAGCCGUCCUUUGGAGGGUUCAGUUAUUGUUAGUAAACGAUAGGCUUAGUAACAUUACAUAUUUACAUACCCUGCACACAGAAAACAAAAUUUACUAGAGUCGAUAUACUUAAUGACGAAAUAAUAAUAACAAAAAAUAUCUUCAUUAACAUCAUGAAUUUAAUCUCCAAAAUACAACGAACCAUUUUGUAUUUAUUUUUAA